AUGAGAAGAAAUGAUAAGUUUCCGAAUCAAAUAGAAGGUGUUACCAUGCUCGUGGAGUAUGUUAAAGUUCACAACAACCUAAAUAACUGCUCUCAGCAAGAGGGGAAAGAUAUUAAGAAAAGGAUGUCUAGUUUUUUUAAAGUUCUAAAACGAUAUUGGAUUCAAUGUUCCCGAAAAUUCGAGUAUAUUCUCAUUAAACAUGCUAACUGGUUAAGUGGUUCGAUUAAACUUCUGGACUCAGGCAGCGACAAGCCAAUUAGCAGUGAAGAGAAGAGAGGGCGGCCUGCAAAAGACUUCAGCAGCAGUGGCGAAAAGUCGAAAAAAAGAAAGGUGGUGGGAAUUGUCGAGCAAUAUUCAUUGUCGGAACUUUGUUUAGCCACAGAGCAUCCUGAACCGUCCUCCAAUGUUGAAAACAAUGAAAAUCGCAAUGAUUCAAAUUUGCCUACCUCUAAUAAUGAAAAUGUUCUCGAACCUAGUUCUUUAAAUUUAGAUAUUUCUAAUGAUGAAAAUGUUCUCGAACCUAGUUCUUUAAAUUUAGAUAGUUAUAAUAAUGAAAAUAAUGUAAUCACAAAUAUAACUUCUCAACCUGUUGUGAAUAAAACUUUACAUUCACCAAAAUCGCACAUGCGAAAUGAAAAUGUUAAUAAAAGAAUUAGGAAAGUUCCUAGUAAAUUUAGAGACUAUGAAUUAGAAUAA